AUGAAGUUCUCCACCACCCUGAUUGCCCUCGUUGCUGCCGGUCUGGCCAACGCUCAGCUCCCUAACGUGCCCAACUGCUCGCUGAGCUGCUUCGUCACUGCCCUGACCACCGAUGGCUGCUCGUCCCUGACCGACUUCGCCUGCCACUGCCAGAAGCCCCAGCUCGUUGGCGACAUCACCCCCUGCGUCCAGAAGGCUUGCGACGUCGCUGACCAGAUCUCCGUCUCCAACGCCGUCGUUGCUCAGUGCUCCUCUGCCGGCCACCCCAUCUCAGUCCCCCCAAUUGAGACCACCACCGCCGGCGGCUCGACCACCACCAGCAGCUCCUCCUCCAGCUCGGCCACCGGCAGCUCUUCUUCCAGCGCCACCGGCACCCUCACUUCCUCUGCUUCUGGCUCUACCUCCGCUACCGGCAGCUCCUCUGUCUCUACCCCCGCUGGCUCCACCCCCGCUGGCUCUUCCACCCCUCUGGCCACCAAGACCGGCUCCGGCUCCGGCUCCGGCUCUGGCUCUGGCUCCGCCACUGGCACCGGCUCCUCCCCCGUCUGGACCGGUGCUGCCGUCAACAUCAAGGGCAACAUGGCUGGUGUUGCUGCCGUUGCUGCCGCCGCUGCUUACAUCCUGUAA